AUAAAACCUUAUCUUCUGUGCAGUACACAUACUCUCUCCCCUCUCUCUCUCUACAAACACCCACACCAAAUCAAAUCUAACCCCCUUAAUGUCGAUUCAGAUCUAAAAGAGAGAAUACUCUAAACUCUCAAGUGAGAUUCCAAUUUUGCCCCUCCAUCCAUCUCCGUACAACAAUGGCGUACUCAUUCCCUGAAGAAGUACUCGAACACGUCUUCUCCUUCCUCAGUUCCGACAAAGACCGUAACGCUGUAUCACUCGUAUGCAAAUCAUGGUACGAGAUCGAACGUUGGUGUCGGAGGAAAAUUUUCAUUGGAAACUGCUACGCUGUUAAUCCUAGGAUUAUGAUCCGACGGUUCCCGGAAGUCAGAUCUAUUGAACUUAAAGGAAAACCUCAUUUUGCUGACUUUAAUUUGGUUCCUGAAGGAUGGGGAGCGUAUGUAUAUCCAUGGAUUUUGGCUAUGUCUAAGUCGUAUCCAUUGUUAGAGGAAAUUAAGCUUAAACGUAUGGUUAUUACUGAUGAGUCAUUGGAGUUGAUUGCUAAGUCUUUUAAGAAUUUUAAGGUUUUGGUUUUGUCUUCUUGUGAUGGUUUUACUACUGAUGGACUUGCUGCUAUUGCCGCUAAUUGCAGGAAUCUGAGAGAACUAGACUUGGGAGAGAGUGAAGUGGAGGACCUUAGUGGACAUUGGCUAAGCCAUUUUCCCGAUAGCUGCACGUCACUUGUUUCUCUUAACAUUGCCUGUUUGGUUUCGGAGGUCAGUUUCUUAGCUUUGGAGCGCCUGGUUGCUCGUUCUCCUAAUUUGAGGACUCUACGGAUAAAUCGUGCCGUUCCCCUUGAGAAGCUUCCAUACCUGCUUCGUCGCACUUCCCAGUUGGUCGAAUUUGGUACAGGUGCUUACUCUGCUGAUGUGCGGUCUGAUUACUUCUCUAACCUGACAGAAGCUUUUUCGGGCUGCAAGCAACUUAAAUGUCUGUCUGGGUUUUGGGAUGUUGUACCGGCUUACCUUCCAGCUAUAUAUCCAGUGUGUUCGAGACUCACCUCCUUGAAUUUGAGUUAUGCUACCUGUCAAAACCCUGAGCUUGGCAAGCUCAUAAGUCAGUGUCACAACUUGCAGCGUUUGUGGGUGCUAGACUACAUUGAAGAUUUUGGUCUUGAGGAGCUUGCUGCCAAUUGUAAGGACCUUCAAGAGCUGAGGGUUUUCCCUUCUGACCCGUUUGCUGCAGAACCAAAUGUGACCUUGACGGAGCAAGGCCUUGUAGCUGUCUCAGAUGGCUGCCCAAAGCUCCAGUCUGUUUUGUACUUCUGCCGCCAAAUGACUAAUGCAGCUUUAUUUACCAUCGCCAGGAAUCGUCCCAACAUGAUUCGUUUCCGCUUGUGUAUCAUUGAGCCGCGAACUCCUGAUUACUUAACCCUUGGGCCACUUGAUGCUGGUUUUGGGGCCAUUGUGGAGAACUGUAAGGAAUUGCGGCGGCUUUCACUUUCUGGCCUCCUUACGGACCGUGUCUUCGAGUACAUUGGCACCAAUGCUAAAAAGUUAGAGAUGCUGUCCAUUGCUUUUGCUGGUGAUAGUGAUCUGGGACUCCACCAUGUGCUUUCUGGUUGUGAAAGCCUCCGGAAGUUGGAGAUCAGAGAUUGUCCGUUUGGAGACAAGGCUCUCUUGUCUAAUGCUGCGAAGCUUGAGACAAUGCGAUCCCUUUGGAUGUCUUCGUGUUCAAUAAGUUUUGAAGCAUGUAAGAUGCUAGCUCAGAAGAUGCCUAGGCUUAAUGUGGAAGUAAUAGAUGAAAGGGGUCCUCCAGAUACAAGGCCAGAAAGCUGCCCUGUGGAGAAGCUUUACAUAUAUCGAUCAGUGGCUGGACGGAGGUUUGACACACCUGGGUAUGUUUGGACAAUGGGUGAAGAAGCAGCUGUGAGGUUGUCCUGAGCCUUAUAGCAAAUUGGAAAUUCCAGUGUGGUUUCACAAGGAAGAUGGCAGGUAUUAGCACUAUGUUUCUCCUCCUGCAUUUGUUUGUCACGCCUUAUGUAGUUGCAGUGCCAGUUGAGAGAGGUGAACAUCACAGUUGAGGAGUUUCGAGAGCUCGUGUGCCAUCAAUUUUAUUCUUGGCUGAGCUACUUGACAGCAGGUAGUUUUUAAUAAAGAGUUUGAACUCAGAGUUGCUAUGUAUCAUCUAAAUGAACCAUUAUUUCGUUUUCUUUGGGUGGGAUUUUGGUGGGGGUGGGGGCAUAUUUUUGCUUGUAUGUGCUAUUUGCAAACUUUGAUUCAUUAUGUAGUUCCCUUCCUCCUCCUAUUGACUUGUUCUCUGUGGAAGGGAGUGCCAUUAAAAAUGUUAUUUCUCUGGUCUACUAAGCUGUAGGCUUAGCAUUAUGGAGGUUCUUCACUUGAUAUCUGUUCUGUUAACAUGCUUGCCCUGCGAUUUGGAGGCAAUGUAAAAUCCUUUUCCAUUUUAGUGGUUAUAAUCAAUGGCAAGUAAACUUUAAUGAUA